GACGAACGUCUAAUUAAUGGAGCAGUGAAGUAGUAAAACCCUAUUAUAAUUUAUAAGCUCCAUUCAUGAUGGACACGGAGUCUGAAGAAGCCUCAGAGAGAUGAUCUAUGUAUAGAUCUCUUACGGCCUCCCUUCUUUUGCGCUUCGUGUCCCUCAGCCUUCUUUUAAGCCCCAAAACAUUAUAAGAUAUUAAAAGCAGUGAAAGGGAAAGACAACCAGAGGCAGAGCACAAGCAGCAUAAAGAAACAGACAUGUGCCCCUUUUGUUUUUCUUUUCUUUUUUUCUUUCUUUUUUUUCCCCCCACCAUCAUCGCACCCUCCUGAGGUAGACCUCGGGAAUACUUGAGGAAAAAACAUGUUAGUCUUGGAACUUGACCAUAUGUCCUUGAACAUAAAAAGCUAAGUAAUUUUCUAUGUAGUCAUCUCUGUCCCUACUCACAGUUUGCGAUGAGGGGAAGGCCACCACAUCAAACCCACCUGCAUAGCUCUGCCAUGCCCGGGGAGAGAUUAGAGAUUUUAGAUCCAGAGAGAGAAAAAAGAGUGUUUUUGUUUAGUGUAGUGAUGGACAAAAGCUGCCAAUCUUCUACGACUACCACGGCCAGUAGUAGCGACGGCACCAUCACCUCUAAUAAUCUCAGGCAGCUCAGCAAGCUGUCUCACAAGAUCUCCAAGCCCUCUCUUAGAAAACCCUCCUUCGAUUCUUCUUCGACAGAGCCCCAAGCCCGCAGGGUCGAUCACUGUCAGCCCCAACCGGUGGCUCAGGCGCAAGCGCCACAGCAAAAUUUGCAGCACCAGCCUCCCGUCUACAACAUCAACAAGAACGAUUUCAGAGAUGUAGUCCAGAAGCUCACGGGAUCACCUGCUCACGAACACAUCUCCACUCCGCCUCCUAUUCACCAACCCAAGCCCGCUAGCUCUCGCCUCCAGCGGAUACGCCCUCCUCCCCUCUCGCAGAUUAGCAAUCGCCCGCCUCCGUUGCUAAGCGGCGGUAUUCCCCGGCCGGUUAACGCCGCUUCGGCUGCUACUAGCAACCCCGUUAAUACUUGUUCUGCCACUAGUUUCUCUGACUUUGUGAGACCGCUCCCGCCUUCAUCUCCUCUGCCACCUUUUCCGUCCGUCCACGCAGAAUCUCCUGUAUCCGCGUAUAUGCGCUAUCUCCAGAAUUCCACGUCCACCACGGAUUGGAAUUCCAAGCACCUCUCGGGUUUUCCUCCCUUAGCUCCUUUAGUCUCACCUCGCUGGAACAAUUUGGCUCCGCAACAGCCUCGGCCAGAGCCUCAAUCGCAGGACACGCCGAUGCAGCAAGGCGUGAUUCCUUCACAAACAUCAUCAAAUGCACAGGCGCAACCGCAGUUUCAGAUACUGUCUGCUCCACCUCCUCUUGGAUGCUUGAAUUCGCCGAGGUCGCCGUACCCUUCACUUUCCCCAAGUUUUCUGGUUUCGCCUUCCUCGGGUCAACUGGUGUUUCCUCAGCUGCCCCUCUCGCCAACAAUGCCCGUUCCAAGCCCAAGGUGGAGAGGUCUUUGAACUGGUUCAGGUAAAUCUGAGUCGAAUGUUGUUUGUUCCACGCUUAGGACUUGGUUUGCAGGUUUUGUACAUUGUUUUAGGCAGAGGGAAUCAGGUUCAUUUUAAUUUGCGGUGGUUGGACUGAUGACGAUGCUAGUCCCUUCACUACUUAUUAGUUUUAUUCUGUAAAUGGAUAUCCAAGACAAGAGAUGGGAACAUUUUUUGCAUUUGUUUUUGCUGCUUUGGUCUACCGGACUACCGGGCCAUGAGAAAUAUUCGAAGCUAUAGCAAUUGCGAUUAUAAUGGGAUGCUGCUGCUCUCAGUUUGAAGAU